GGAUAUUUUCAAUUUAAUGGUACAUUUAUUCGAAGUUCAUAAUGUCACUGUACCUCCCAAAUUUAUACCAAAAGGCACAUUAUCACCAAGAUUAUACUAUCUUUUUCAUCGUAAUAGGAACACCACAGAUAUUCCAACGUCUAGCAGCAAUCAGCUGCCAACUUGUAACACUUUGAGAACUGACGUUGAUAAUUUAUGUUCCGAUUUAAAUCCUGAUAGGGCAGUGGAGUCUACUAAAAAAGAUGUUACAGGCAAUCUUCUUGAUAUUGCACCAUCAAGCAGCUUACCUUCUGCUGAUACUGCUGAAGAUAUGUCAGAUGUCCAGGCUAGUUUAAUGAAUUAUAAAUGGAUGUGGUAUUAUAUGAGAAACGAUAUGAAAAUGCAAUAUGCAAUAUUUGUAAUGAAUCUAAUAAAUUAUAUCACAUUCAAACUAUGAUAUUGCAUACAUUGAGUUUACAUCGGCAGUUUUGUGAUCUUUCGAAAGAGGAAUAUCCUUAUUCUAUAACAGAAAAUUGUGUAAAAUGUGAUCGAUGCUCUAUGACUUGUAUGCUAUCUUUGACGCCAACUCUUUCUAUACAACGUCACAUAGAAGAGAUGCAUAUUCUUAACAAAGAUAUCGCUAAUGAACUCAAAAUCUGGGUAAAUAAGCAACUUGAUAUAAUUAAGAAAUGUGAGACUUGCGAACAAUUUGAGAAAUUGGAUAUUUUCAAUUUAAUGGUACAUUUAUGCGAAGUUCAUGAUGUCGCUGUACCUUUAAAAUAUAUACCAAAAGGCAUGUUAUCAACCAGAUUAUUCAAUCUUUUUUUGGUGCUGGAGACAUUGUAGAUAUUUCAACGUCAAGCAGCAAUCAGCAGCCAACUUGUAGUACUUCGAGAACUUAGCUGACGUUGAGAAUUUUGGUUCCGAUUAAAGUUCUGAUAGUGGAGUCUACUAAAAAAGAUAAAUGUUCUCUUCUUUAACUAUUUAUAUUGGUUUUUUUAUGUAACCUGAAGCGAUACAAAAACAAAAUUAUAAAUAUAUAUAUCAACUGUGUU